AUGGAUCGUGGCGUACACUUAGGGGGCGGCGAACGCGACUACAACCAUGCCACCGACUCGGAAUACAAAAAACUCCGUGAUGAGGCUGACCAGUUGUACAAAAAGAGGAACCAGUUGAGCCAAGAGUCCCAGCUGGCAUUCAAGAGUGGCGAUAAGCAACGAGCCCACGAGCUCAGCGAAAAGGCCAAGUCGGUUUUGGCCCAGGCUGAGCGUGCAAACCAACAGGCUGCCGAGUAUGUGUUCAGAGAAAACAAUGCUGAUAGUGCUGCUGACGAAAUCGAUUUGCACGGGUUGUACGUCAAGGAAGCUGAGUUUAUCUUGCAGAACCGGUUAGCGGCUGCCAUCAGAACCAACCAGUCGCAUUUACGUGUUAUUGUGGGUAAGGGGUUGCACUCUCAGAACGGAAUUGCCAAGUUGAAGCCAGCCAUUGACCAGAUGUGCGAUGACUGCAACUUGAAGCACCGGAUCGACCCCAAAAACACUGGGGUGAUGAUCAUCGACUUGACCAACACCCAAUCUAACCAGAUUCCAAACCACUGGAACACCUCGGGGCCAUCUGCUCCUCAGAAACCACAAGGUUACCAAGGUCAACAACAAUACCAAGGAACAGGCCAACCCCAGUACUACCAACAACAACCCCAACACCAACAACAAGGUGUCCAUACUGGAAAUCCUAUUGUCGACUUCUUGUUCAAGGCUGUUUGUGCUUGUAUCAAUUCUAAGUAA